AUUAUUAUUUUCUUUGCUAUGGCAACAUUUUUAACUAAAACGUCAAGUUUAUCUUUUCUGUCUUUCGAGGUUAAGGUGUCACUUUGUGAAGAUCACAAUGGGGCGCCGACCCGCGAGAUGUUACCGCUACUGCAAAAACAAACCAUACCCAAAAUCGCGGUUCUGCCGUGGUGUGCCUGACCCCAAGAUCCGUAUUUUCGACUUGGGCAAGAAGAAGGCGCCGGUGGACGACUUUCCGCUAUGCGUGCACUUGGUGUCCGACGAGUACGAGCAGCUGAGCUCGGAGGCGCUGGAAGCCGGCCGUAUUUGCUGCAACAAGUACCUCGUGAAGAACUGCGGCAAGGAUCAGUUCCACAUCCGUAUCCGUCUGCAUCCCUUCCAUGUCAUCCGCAUCAACAAAAUGUUAUCGUGCGCUGGAGCUGAUAGGCUCCAGACCGGGAUGCGUGGUGCCUUCGGCAAGCCGCAGGGUACCGUAGCCCGCGUGCGCAUUGGACAGCCCAUCAUGUCCGUGCGCUCCAGCGACCGCUGGAAGGCGCAGGUCAUCGAGGCGCUCAGGCGUGCCAAGUUCAAGUUCCCUGGUCGCCAGAAGAUCUACAUCUCGAAGAGGUGGGGAUUCACCAAGUACGACCGCGAGGAGUUCGAGAAGCUGCGCGCGGACGACCGGCUGGCCAACGACGGCUGCAACGUCAAGUACCGCCCUGAGCACGGCCCGCUCGACGCCUGGCGCAAGGUGCAGGUCGAGCUUCAUAAUGUCUAAGCUCGGACUAUAAUAUACUGUAAAAACUA